AUUAAUUGGUUCGGCUUUAGCUCCUAUUUGGGUUUCGACGAUCUUGUUACAAUUGAAGGAAGAGCCUAUGUUAGCUUUGAAGCUCUUCAAAUGGGCUGAAACUAGACCCAAGUUUUGUCAUACUAGUGAGAGCUAUUGUAUUCUUGCUCACAUUUUGUUUUUUCACAGGCUUUAUAAUGAUGCUCAUGGUAUAUUGAAAGAUUUGCUUAGUUCAAGCCUUAUUUUGCCAAGUUGUGAUGUAUUUGAUAUAAUGUGGUCAACUAGGAAUGUUUGUCGAUUCGGGUGGGGGGUGUUUGACACAUUGUUCAAUGUAUUGGUGGAGUUAGAGAGAUUUGAGGAAGCUAAUGAUUGCUUUUUAAGGAUGAAAAAUUUUAGAGUUCUCCCAAAAGCAAGAUCUUGUAAUUCACUUCUGGGUAGAUCGACUAAGAUGGGUAAAGGAGAUUUCUCAAAGAAGUUUUUCAAGGAAAUGGUUGGGGCUGGUAUUAAGCCUUCUGUAUUUACGUAUAAUAUUAUGAUUGAUUAUUUGUCUAAAGAAGGAGAUGUGAAAGGUGCACGGAGCCUUUUCUCUGAGAUGAAAGUGUUGGGUGUUAAUCCAGACAUUGUUACAUACAAUUCACUUAUCGAUGGGCAUGGUAAGCUUGGGCAGUUAGCCGAAUCGAUCUGUAUAUAUGAUGAUAUGAAGAGCGUUGGCUGCCAUCCUGAUGUGAUCACAUACAAUGCAUUGAUAAACUGUUUCUGUAAGUUUGGGAAAAUGCCGCAGGCAUUUGAGUUUCUUCAUUAUAUGAAGAAAAAUGGGUUGAAACCGAAUGUUGUAACUUACAGCACGUUUAUAGAUGCCUUCUGUAAGGAAGGAAUGAUGCAAGAGGCAAUCAAGUUUUUCAUGGAUAUGAGGCGAGUUGGUCUUUUUCCCAAUGAGUUCACAUAUACUUCUUUAAUUGAUGCAAAUUGUAAAGCGGGUAGAAUUGGGGAGGCUGUGAAGCUGAUCAAGGAGAUGUCUGAGGCAGGUAUUACGGUCAAUACAGUUACCUGUACAGCGUUACUUGAUGGUCUUAGCAAAGAAGGUAAAAUGAAGGAAGCGGAGGAAUUUCUUAGAGAAAUGCUUAAAAUGGGUAUAUCACCUAAUGUGAAAAGCUAUACAACCCUUCUUCAUGGAUAUAUAAAAUCUAAAAGCAUAACUGGGGCCAUGAAUGUUUGGGAACAAAUGGAAGCCAAAAACUAUAAACCAGACUUGUUGCUAUAUGGUACUCUCAUCCUAAGACUCUGCAAUGACAAAAAGCUUGAAGAUGCUAAGGUUGUCUUUGAGGAAAUGAAGAAAAAUGGUACGGAUGCAAAUUUUGUGAUUUACACAACGAUUAUGGAUGCAUAUUUUAAAUCUGGACAACCAACAGAAGCUCUCAAUCUGCUACAAGAAAUGAAUGACAUGGGUAUGAGCCCAUCGGUUGUGACAUACAGUGUGCUAAUCGAUGGUUUGUGCAAACUUGGAUACAUCCAAGAGGCACUGGACCAUUUUCGUAAGAUGCCAGGUGUUGGAUUGGAACCUAACAUCAUUGUUUAUACAGCCCUUAUUGACGGGCUUUGUAAAAAUGAUUGCUUAGAAUUGGCUGUGAAACUUUUCGACGAAAUGCUGGGGAAGGGUGUGAUUCCAGACAUAGCUGCUUACACAUGUUUGAUUGAUGGAAACUUAAAAAAUGUUAAUGUUAAUGAAGCUCUGGAUUUAUGGAACAAAAUGGUAAAAACUAGUAUAAAGCCUGAUUCUCGUAUGGGAUUUAUCUGUCAUGUAUGGAUAAAGCUGUCUGUACAGAUGGGAGCUAGGGUUCCGGUUCAACAGUACAAUUUGAGAUCUGCUGAUCCGUACAUAGAUGGGACUUCUUUGCAUGAUCUCAAUACUGUGGAUGGACGUGCCGGCGAGAUUAUUGAACCUAUGGUUGACCGCGACGCUGUUACAGAUGAGAGCUUAGACAAUGAAGACGAUUCUGGUGCUGUUGAAUGCAUGCACGAAAGCUACCAAAAUACUUUACCACUUCAUAAUGUAGGGGUGGAGGGAGGUCAUUCAAGCCUCGAUACUAAUGGAUCUUCAAGGGACACAUAUAAUAUUUUAUCAGCCGAUGAUGUUUCACCGAUAGAAACAGCAAGAGCAAGAUUCCUGGAUUUCAUCGUGGAUAGUUUCAUUGGCUCACAUGUACUUGAAGUAUCAGAUUCUGAGACCGAUGGUAUAUCUCAAUCUGUGGAAGAAAAGCUGAGCAAGAGGAAGACAAGAGACAUCCAAUACGAAGGUGAUCCACGCUUUGUAUUGCCAUUGAUGUAUGUGGCAAAUAUGUAUGAAACCUUGGUUAAUGAAGUAAACAUGAGACUUUCUUCGUUGGAUAACAUGCGUGAAAAGACCAUUGGAGUGGCACUUGAAGCUGCUGGUGGUUUAUAUAGGAAGCUUGCAAAAAAAUUCCCAAGGAAAGGAGCUUGCAUAUUCAAAAGACGGGAACUAGCAACGUCUUUUGAGACAAGGUCAAGAUUUCCUGAACUAGUGAUACAAGAGGAGAAGCGGGUUCGUUUUGUUGUAGUCAAUGGUUUGGAAAUUAUGGAUAAGCCAACUAUUACACAUAUAGAUGAUGCAGAGUGGUUCAAGAGGUUGACUGGUCGAAAUGAUGUAGUUGUCUCUGCUCGUGACUACAAGUUUUAUGCUCCAAGACAUAAAUAUAGGCGUUCUGCAUCAAACUCUGUUUCAAGCAUUCCUGGUUUUCCAACUUUUCCUGGUGCUGAUAAUUCUUCUCCAAUGUCUGUUGCUCAAGGCUAUCGAUCUCUUACAGAAUCACAAAAUGAGCAGCAGACAGCAGCAUCAAAACAGCAUAUGCAGGGUGAAUUUCAUAUCUUGAACCAGAACCAUGAGUCAAUGAGUAGUCAAUAUUCUCAACACAAUCAUCAAUGUGAAAUUGGGCACACGCAGCAGUCAUCGACCAUGUCUCAACAGAUGGCUUGUUUACAACCACUGAGUCACCUUGGAGGCCGCUUGCAUGUACUGCCAACAAGUCCUGCAAAGUUCUGUGAUGAAUGUGGUUCUCAAUAUUUGCGAGAGACUUCCAAGUUCUGUUCGGAAUGCGGUGUGAAGAGGCUGGGAACAUGAUUCUGGUUUGCCUGCCUCUUAAGAGGGCAAUGUAUAUGAUAUAGUAGAGUUUAUUAUAGUUGCAACAGAUGUGAGGGGUGGCUUUAAUUUAUUUAUUCUAAUUAAUGGGAUUGUGGAAGAAAAACAAGUCCUGAUAUGUUAUCCAUCUCAAAAAGCAUUUGGUAACAAAAAGUAGCAGUCACUGUAUAAAUUGAAUUACUCCUUUGUUUUGUAAAAAUUGCAAAUCUUAGUUGAAAAAGCAUUGCCAAAUGUUUG